AUGGCAGACGACCUCGAGGAACGACUCAAGAGCCACGCCCGAGCCUUUGAAGGGCUAAUGUCCCUCAUACCCGCGAAGCAUUACUACGGCGAAGAUACCAGCGAUCAAUGGCAACGCAAAAAACAAACCAAAGAACAAAAACGCGAAGCCAAGCGCGCGAAGCUGGACCCAGCGAACCAAAAGAGCGCCAAAGACGUCAUGGACGAGAACGAGCGCAAAAGAAAGCGGGAGAUGGAGGGCGACGACUACGUCUCCGAUGUUGAUGCGCCUGGCAAGGAGAAGCCCGGCGAGGGAUUAAAGGGCGCUGGGAAGAAAGCCAAGAAACAGAAGCUUGACGAUGGCUCCGCAAAGGAGGUGAACGAGCAGGCGCCGCUGGAUGAGGCGGCUCGGACGGUGGCUCAGGCGGAGAAGCGGAAGGAGAAGCAGUUGCAGAAGAAGGAGAAGAAGGCCAAGCAGCAGGAGAAAGCUGAAGCUAAGAAAGCUCAUCACGAGGCGGUAAUUGUACCAGAAGCCGGGCACGAAGAGGCACCGCACGACAAUGCCGAGAUGGCCGACGGCGACGAAGCAGGCGCAGCAGACAUUGACCGCAUCGACAUCAGCGGCAUCAUCGAAGACACCAAACCCACCGAGUCCCAGACCUCAGCCUCGCCCUCGCCACCCCCCGACUCACCCGCCUCCGCUAUCCCCUCAGCCUCCUCAUCCUCAUCCAUACUCCCGCCUCCCUCAGCCGAAGCAGCCGAAGAAGCCCCAGAAAAGCCCUCCACCACCACCUCCACGGACGCAUCCGCGCCGCGGCGGGAAAAAACCCCCAAACUCCCUCCCAUCGAUCAAGAACUCCUCAAAGUGCGCCUCCAAGCGCGGAUCGACGCCCUCCGCGCCGCCCGAAAAGCCGACGGCAUCGACGGCAAGCCCGCACGGAACCGGCAAGAGCUGCUCGAAGCACGGCGGCGCAAGGAAGAGCUGCGCAAAUCACACAAGAAGGAAGUCCGCGCCCGGGCCAAGGAAGACGAGCAGCGCGCUGCCGCCGAGGCGGAGCUGGCGAGGUUGAGAGGCAGCGGCAGUCCGCUGACCACGCCUGAUAUCUUCAGCCCGCGCAGUCCCGAGAGGAACAAUUUCAGUUUCGGACGGGUCACGUUCGAUGAUGGGAUGGAGAUGGAUGCGAGCAUGUCGAAUGUCAUGGAUGCGCGGCGGAAGAAGGGGCCGCAGGAUCCCAAGACGGCGUUGGAGGUGGCGAAGAGGAAGGAGGCGCGGAUUAAUAGCUUCGAUGAGGAGAAGCGGAAGGAUAUUGCCGAGAAGGAUCUCUGGCUUAAUGCGAAGAAGCGCGCGCAUGGUGAGAGGGUCAGGGACGAUACGAGUUUGCUCAAGAAGACGCUCAAGCGGAAGGAGAAGCAGAAGGAGAAGAGCGAGAAGGAGUGGGGGGAGAGGGCGGAGGGCGUUAGGAAGGGUCAGGAGAUCAGGCAGAAGAAGAGGGAGGAGAACCUUAAGAAGAGGAAGGAGGAGAAGGGGAAUAAGAGCAAGAAGAGCAAAGGGAAGAAACCGAAAGGACGGCCGGGGUUUGAGGGCAGCUUUAGGAGUAAGGCGAAGUAG